GACUGAAGAUCUGAAGGUCCUGUGUUCGAUUCACAGUCAAGGCAUUAUCUUUUUACUACAUCAUCGAUAUGGAGAUGGAGGGCUUUUUACUCUCACACGUUUUUUAGUUUGUCCCGUCGCUGCAUACCGGUACCGAUACAACCAACUCUCUCAAAACAAAACWGAAGACAUCAAAGCAAGGCAAAGCAAACCAAUCUGGUACUACAAGACAACACAUACCACACAUACCACACAAACCCCGGUGAGCCAUGGCUUUUGACCUUCGCAAGCGGUGUUCCCUUGCGUUCCUCGCGCUGUGGGCGGCCACAGCGGUGGCAUCGGCAAUGGUGGCAACAACGACGACAACGACGACGCCGACGACGUCCACCACCACGUCCCUCGCAGCGGUCCCCCCCGGAUCCCCUUGCUCCGCGGAGGUGGUGGGGGCGACCGGCCGGAUGGGAACCUUUUGGCUGGAGCGGCACUUCUCGCUUUCCCCCUCCCUCCCCGGCCCCGCGGUGGCCUGCCCCAAGGGGUCCGUUCCCGGGACGCGGACGCCCCCCGGGGCCCCCAUCUACGUCGCCACCCCCAGCGGCGCCUACGGGGAGAUCUACGAGGCCACGCCYUUUUCCCGGAGGAGGGAYCUGGUCUUUGCCGGGAACCCGGGCCUCCCGAUCGACGACCGGUUCGGGGAGGCCACGGUCCUGGUGCCGCACUUUUCCGUCCUGUACGAGAACCAGUGGGCCAACAGCGAAAGCGAAAGCGACGGCGAAAGCGAAAGCGACUACUCGGCCCGGUCCGCCAUCCGGGUCGACACCGACCCCGAGCGCUCCCCGCCCACCUACGUGUACGGGCGCCACGCCGAAACCGUCGCGGGGGUGCUMRAGGCCAGCGGGAUCCUUCCGGAACCCUGCGGCUCCUUUGGGAGCCUAAAGGCCCACUCGGGCCGAAAGCUCCUCUGGGCCUCCUGCCUGUGGCUCCUCUGCCACGAGGCCCGCGGAAACGGAAACGGGAACGCCCGGCCGCUCACGGUGGGGGAGGUCCACGCCACCAAGAAGGACGACCUGGAGAAGCUGGUGGACGAGCUCCUCCCGUCCCUGGGGGAGCUCCUGUUGUCCGGCACCAACGACGACGCCGCCGAUUGCGCCGGGGUCGCAGGGAUCCUCGACCGGGGGGCCACCCUCGCGUACCUGAGAAACUAUUCGGAGAGCAUCCCCGGGGCCGUCCCGAGCGUCGACCUCGCCCGAGAAGAGUUCGCCGACCGGAACGGGGUCUGGCUGCGAAGAAGGGGUGGUGGUKGGGGCCGGAACGAGCAGCCCUAUCACCGGGAGCUCCUGGAGAAGCAGGGCCUCGGGGCCGGCGGGUUCGCUCCGGGUGCCUAGGCGCACGAGCUGGCAGCGCAACCAAGGGGGCGGGGAGGUUGUGGCAUGGACGAAACACAUGAAACAUUCCGGGCGUUGCAUCGACCUUUCCUUCGUAGCUGUACGAUGCUCGAGCAGCACGGAGGAGAAACAACAACAACACUUGGAGUUGUUCGUUGCAAAUAAGUGAUUGUGUGCUAC